UCUGCUCGGUUCACCUGAAGAAGAAGCAACAAGAGCCAUUCAUUCAUCCAAUGGCGCUAACAGCCACCGUCAGCCAAGCCUCCGGCGCGCUCCCACGGCGGCGCCACCGCCGCGCGCCCGCUUCCUCCACCCGGCUGACCACCCCGUCCCUCCCCUCCUCCGCUUCGUCUCCGGCAACAACAACCCUGGACCGCGUGCUCGCGGACCUCGAGUCCAACCCGCGGCUCCUCACGCCGGCCCUCCUGGCCCCGCUCCUCGCGGCGCUCCCUCUCCACCACGCCCCGCGCCGCCACCUCGCCGCCCUCCGGGGGCUGCUCCCGGUCUCCCUCCUCCGCCGGCACCCGGAGCUCUCCCUCCGCCUGCUCCACCUCCACGCCUCCCUCGGCCUCCUCGCCUACGCGCACCACAUCUUCGACCGCCUCCUCCCCGCUCGCACCCGCCGGGACGAAGCCUUCCCCUGGAACUGCCUCCUCGCCGGCUACGCGCACCUGGGCCGCCAUGGCGACGCGCUCGCCGUCUACCUCCAGAUGGGCGAGGAGGGCGUGCCGAGGGACCGCUUCACCUUCCUCUGUGCGCUCCGGUCCUGCGCCGGCGCCGGCGUCGGGGCCGCCGCCGAGAUCGGCCGGGCCGUGCACCGUGACGCCGUGCGUGCCGGCCUCGCCGAUGAGGUCUCCGUCUGCGACGCGCUAGUGGACAUGUAUGCCGAGUGCGGCGACCUGGAGAUGGCUCGGAAGGUGUUCGAUGCAAUGCCCGAGAGGGACGGCGUCUCGUGGAACGUCUUGCUUACCGGAUGCCUGCGGCAUGGGCCCUCGCCACGGGCUAUGGAGGUCUGGAGAAGGAUGCUGGGAGAAGGGCACGAGCCUGACUCGGUCGCGUUGUCGACGAUGCUCUCGCUCUCGUCGCUGCAACCCAGUAAACAGGGACUGGAGGUUCAUGCCUGGGUGAUCCGUCAUGGGCUCAAGACGGAGCUGUCGGUGGCAAAUGCUCUGGUUGAGAUGUACUCCAGGAGGAAUGAGCUAGGCCAUGCCGUGUCGGUGUUCGAGUCGAUGGCGGUGAGGGACCUGGUCUCCUGGAACGCUAUAAUCUCCGCGCACCGACGAGACUUUGGAGUCCUGAUGGUGUUCCGUCGCAUGGUGGACUCCGGAACGCGGCCUGAUGAGACCACCUUUGCAGCGGUGCUCUCUGCGUGCGAGGAUUUAGGAUUGGUGGAAGGUGGAACAAGGCUGUUCUCCGAGAUGGAGAAUGAAUAUGGCAUUCAGCCUACGCUGGAGCACUAUACAUGUGUUGUGAACAUGCUGGGCAAAGCAGGGUUGGUCAACGAGGCUUAUGAGUUCAUAUCGAAGAGGGCGCCUCUCGGUCGUGAACCAACGAUCUUGAAGGCUCUGCUGGAUGUUAGCUCGGUACAUGGCAACAUCAGGAUCAGGGAAAUCGCCGCAAAGAUGUUGUCCGACUUGGAGGCUGACAAUGUGCAUAAUUUUGUUACCGAUGAAAAUCUAUGAAAACACGACGAGGUGCAGAGAGUGAAGAAGAUGAUGAUGGAUAAAGGGUUGUAAAGUGAGCUGAUGGAUCACCCAUGAUCACAAUAUUUGCUCCUUUGCUGCUAAUUUGUGGUGAUUUUGCACAGACUUGACUUUGCACAUUGUAUUUAACCCAGAUUCAGGUUCUAAUAUUUCUAUAGUCCAGGAUCAGUAUGACAUGGAUUCUUGUGUUUAUACUGGUCGGAGAUAAUCAUGUUUCAUGGUACUCAGUGUACAGUUAUGCUUUUGUCUGUGAAAUAGCGAUUCUUCUGAUGCA